AAAAAAAAAAAAAACAGUCAACAGUCAACAGGCUGUUAGAGCGGGGGCGUUCAAGAACCGGUGCCCUGUUCCUUCGCCAACGCGUGGUUCGCCUGUCUUCUGUCUAUCAUAUCAGGAAAACAGCCUGUUACAGAUCUACAGAACUACUUCUAACUAUUUAAACACCUUGAUAGCAUCAACGAAUCCCGAGUGACGGUAUAAGGAAUUAUAAGGAUGGAGAAAACCGAUAACCCACUCCUGAUCGGAAAUCUGUUUGGGAUACAAGGUCGGAUAGCCGUUAUCACUGGAGGCGGAACGGGACUCGGCGAAAUGAUGGCGAACGCAUGGGUGGUCAACGGAGGCCAUGUUGUGAUUGCCGCUCGCAAGGAAGAGGUCCUCUCGAAAACCUGCGAGCGGCUGAACGGAAUGGGCACUGGGAAGGCCGAGUACAUCACCAGCGACCUCUCCUCCAAGGCCGGCUGUGCGGCAUUGUGCGACGAACUCAAGAAACGAUUCGACAAGAUUCAUGUCUUGGUGAACAACUCCGGAAUGGCGAUCGCCGGGGAGUUCCAUCAGUAUCCUGAGAAAGAUUGGGAUGAUGUGUUCAAUCUGAAUGUCAAGUCGAUUUUCUAUAUGACUUCUGAGCUCACCCCAUUAUUGGCCAAAGAUGCAACCAACCUGGAUCCCGGAAGAGUCAUCGUCAUUGCUUCUGUGCAGGCCUUCAACAACCACAGCGUUUUUGGAGACCACGGAAUCUGGUCAUAUAGCAGCAGCAAAGCCGCCGCGGUCUCUCUGGCAUCGAACCUAGCAGUAACACUGGGUCCGAAGUUGAUAACCGUGAAUGCGAUUUGUCCAGGUUUAUUCCCCUCCAGCAUGACCGAAGAGAUCAUCAGCCAUGCAGAACAGUUGGCCUGUAGCCUGCAUCCGAUGGGUCGCUAUGGGGCAGUAGAGGACAUGGCCGGCGUGUUUCUAUUCUUAACCAGUCGGGCGGGGGCACACAUAUCUGCAAACGCCAUCCUGUCUGAUGGCGGGGCCACAGCUGCUGCUCGCUUCUUGAACGAUCACAUCAACGUUUGAUCAUCGCCAGUCGUCUUCCCUUAGUGCAGCUAGGUUCUUCUCAUGUAAAAUCAAUCCUGAUAGGUUCUCGAAAAUAGUGAUCGUAAAUAAAUAUGUAGUUUCUUUCCUUCAAAAAGUUGUCUGCCCAUUCCACUCAGACAUAUGUAUAGUAUGUAUCUACCCUGAUCUGGACUGCAGAAUCCUUCCUGUAGCACAGCCUCAGGUACCCUGUGCCCUCUUUUGUUGUUGCAUCCGAGUCUUAUGAAAUCGAACAUUUUAUGUUACUGACGAG